AUGUUUUCCAGAGUAUGUCUGAUUCUGAUCGGAGCAGCGUACAUCGACUGUCAGGUCAACACAUCAGUGCAACUGGUGAAUGGAAGAGACAGGUGUGAGGGCAGAGUGGAGGUGUUCUCCUUCGGCGUGUGGGGCACAGUGUGUGACGACCUUUGGGACAUGGUGGACGCUAACGUGGUGUGUAAGCAGCUGAACUGCAGGCUGGCCACGGAGAUUUUCAGCAACGCCAGAUUUGGACAAGGGUCGGGGCUCAUAGCGCUGGACGACGUGAACUGCAUAGGACAUGAAGCUAACCUCAGCCAGUGCGGAAAUCGAGGCUGGGGCAUUCACAACUGUGGCCACUAUGAGGAUGCGGGCGUCAACUGCAGAGGAAUAGUCAACAUCACAGCUCCAGAUGAUAUCGUGAGCUACAAGUCCAGCCAUACACUGGAAUGCACAAUUGAGGAGGAAGCAGACAGCACUGGCUGGAAGUUGAUCAGGGGACAGGAGCAUUUGGAGCUCACGGAUGGUAGUGCGGUGACUCUAACCAAGUGCGAAAUCGAUUCGAAAAACAGAUCCUGUAUUGCAGUUAAACUCAAGGAAGUGACCAGCGCCAUGGCAGGGUCAUUCACACUCACAGCCAAGGCAGAGCUGAAAGUGUCACUCCUGCCUGAAGUCAUCACCAUGGAAAUCGAUCCACUUGUAGCAGACUGUUCAAUGAGAAGUAACUUUGACGUGCCUGUGAAUGUGACUGUGACUGCCACCAUCCAAAAAAGCACGGAGAGCUACGUCGUUUCGUGGCAAGGUUAUGGAAAGGUGCUAAGCAACAAAUCCAUAAUAGAGAAUGAAAAACCUUGUCCUCAAGAGUUGAUUUGGCCAAAAAUCCCAAAGGAAAGUACAGUGAUUAAUCAGAUGUGUGAAAACGGCAAGACUGGUUACAAGUCUCGUACUUGUAAUAAUGAGUCUGUGUGGCAGGAAGUGUUCUCCUUCUGCAUCACCAAAGAGUUGAAGAAAGUUCUAACUGCAGCAGAGGUCUUCAAGACGGGCCUGGGGGCUACACCGGAAGCAGGCAUGAGGAUCUUUGAAGCACUUAAGAACACCACUACAUCUAAAACCAGUAACGACUAUGCUGGAAUCAAUGCUUCUAUCAGCAUAAUAAAUAUAAUGGCCACUGGAUCAGAAAACAUCACCUUGAAGGAAGAAGUGUUUGAAAAUUUUCUUACAGCAGCGAGCAAUUUAUUGGCCAGCAACUGGACAGGGGUCAACUCAUCUAUAAUAAAUGAAAUGUCAUUACAAUACCUUUACGGUUUGGAGAAUCUGGUGAAGAACAUCCAAGUGAACAACACUUUGAAUAUCUCCAUACCAAACCUGGAGCUCAAAGUCUCAAAAGGGGACUGUAGUAUCUCUGUGUUUAAUGUAACUGUUAAACUCAACGAGGCUGGCGGACAGGUCAAAACUGUUGGUGUGAGAAAUCUGAUGGAUAAAUUUAAUAACAAUUUUAAACCAACAUCAACAGCUCCGCAUAACCUUUUACUAAUAGUCACAAAGAACAGCAGUUCGUCCACCGAGAUAACAAUGGACUUCCCCAUCAAGAAGCUAAACGACACACAAAAACUACACUGUGUCUUCUGGGACACCAACAAAAAGGACUGGUCAGACACAGGUUGCAGAGUUGCACAUGAUAGUAUUCACAGUGAUAGUAAUCACACACUCUGCAAGUGCAACCACCUGACUUCAUUCGCUGUCCUCAUGUCCAAGUCCGAUACACCUAACCACGACCUAGAGAUCAUUACCUAUGUUGGCCUGGCAGUGUCCAUCAGCUCUCUGGUGAUCCUCCUCAUCAUUGAGGCUCUUGUGUGGUCUGCUGUGGUCAAGACUGAUCUCUCAUAUUUCCGUCACACAGCACUGGUGAACAUCGCUGUGUUCCUCUUGCUUGCUGACUGCAGUUUUUUGGCAUCUAGUUCACCUGAGAAUCUCAGUGCUCACUGGUGCUUAAUUUUGACCAUAUGCAAACACCUAUUUUAUUUGGCCAUGUUCAGCUGGAUGCUGUGCUUGAGUGUCAUGCUCAUCCACCUGCUGAUCUUUGUCUUCAGCCCGCUGAGGAGAAGAGUAUUUUUGUUCCUAUCCAGUAUCGUAGGCUACGGUUGCCCAGUUCUCAUUGUUGGACUCAGCUAUGUGUAUUGUAGAUACAACGAUAAGAAAUACUAUAACAAGGACAUAUGCUGGCUAGUUUUUGAUGGAACCUUGGAUGGCUCAUUGUAUGCUUUCCUCUUCCCUGUGGGAUUUGUUAUUUUCACAAAUCUUUUUUCCAUGGUGGUCGUCAUUUUUACUCUGUUGAAGUCCUCUGCCCCUGAUGGCAGCAAGUCGGAUGAGAAGGAGACAUUUAAGAGCAUCAUUAAAGUGGUGAUCUUUCUAACACCAGUUUUCGGAGUAACAUGGGGUAUUGGCUUCCUUCUGCAAAUAUUCAAUGACGACCACGAGGCAUACCCUUUUCUUCUAUACAGUUUCAACAUCCUCAAUUCCUUCCAGGGCCUUUUCGUGAUGUUAACAGGGGUUUUUGCAGAGCCAAAGGUGCGUCACGAACUGUUAAAGCGAAUGGAUAAAGGGAAAUAUGACACCAAGAAGAAUUCAACCUCAGCCUCAGACACAAAAGAAAGAUGA